UCUCGGGAGGGCGGGCAGGAGGGCCGUACCCACACUGCGACCUUAAGAGUGUCCCGGGGCCGCGACCGCCAGCGAAGCGCGGACGUCGGGGUGCGAGCCGGUGCAGUCUGGCGCGGCGGGAUAUGUGGUACACAGCCUACACUGUAGAGAAUUGCCUUCCACAGAACCCAGUGGCACCAUGAAGUCCAGUCCUGCCAUUCAAGCUGCCAUUGACCUCACGGCAGGAGCCGCAGGGGGCACAGCAUGUGUGCUGACUGGGCAGCCCUUCGACACCAUGAAGGUGAAGAUGCAGACGUUUCCAGGCCUCUACCGGGGCCUCACCGACUGUUGCCUGAAGACCUACUCCCAGGUGGGCUUCCGUGGCUUCUACAAGGGUACCAGUCCUGCACUGAUCGCCAAUAUUGCUGAAAACUCGGUGCUCUUCAUGUGUUACGGCUUCUGCCAGCAGGUGGUCCGCAAAGUGGUCGGACUGGACAGUCAGGCAAAACUGAGUGACCUCCAGAACGCAGCGGCUGGUUCCUUUGCCUCUGCCUUCGCUGCAUUGGUCCUCUGCCCCACAGAGCUCGUGAAGUGCCGACUCCAGACCAUGUAUGAAAUGGAAUCGUCGGGAAAGAUAGCUGCAAGCCAGAACACAGUUUGGUCAGUUGUGAAGGAAAUCUUUAGGAAGGAUGGCCCCUUGGGCUUCUACCACGGACUCUCAAGCACUUUACUUCGAGAAGUACCAGGCUACUUCUUGUUCUUCGGUGGCUAUGAACUGAGCAGAUCGUUUUUCGCAUCAGGGAAAUCAAAAGAUGAACUAGGUCCUGUCCCAUUGAUGCUAAGUGGUGGAGUUGGUGGAGUUUGCCUAUGGCUUGCCGUCUAUCCGGUGGACUGUAUCAAAUCUAGAAUUCAAGUUCUUUCUAUGACUGGAAAGCAGACGGGGUUAGUCAGAACCUUCCUGAGUAUUGUGAAGAACGAAGGAAUAACAGCUUUGUAUUCUGGACUAAAACCCACUAUGCUUCGAGCCUUCCCUGCCAAUGGGGCACUGUUUUUGGCCUAUGAAUAUAGCAGGAAGUUGAUGAUGAACCAAUUGGAAGCAUACUGAAGUGUCCUGGUGGGCUUGGAUUCGAGGCAGGCGUUCAGCGACUGUUGUUAACUCAGGGUUUCACGAGUACAAGAACAAUGUGGAAUUGUUGAUUAAUUGGGACUUUUGUCCUUGUCUUCCCUUCUUCUGUUCAAAGUCUUAGACUUUGUGGAAGACCCUAUACAGUAUAAUUUCUGCCCAUUAUUGUGCCAAAAGAAAAAAGUAGCUGCUCUUGCCCUUGGAAUAUGCAGGGCAGCUAGCUGGUGGCCUUAUGCAGACUGUUCUUCUCAGGACAGAACUUCCGCAGAGAUCAGAGGUACGCGUACAAUCUAGAUGUAUCUAAGUUGAGGAAAACACAGUUUUGUUCCCUGUCUAGUUGUAAAUGGAGACCAAUUUCUGUGCAGAUUGUUGUAAAUGAUUGCUUAACCCAUCCUAGAUGUAGGGCCAAAGGCCGCUGAGCCUGUGCAGUAAGAGGUUACAUCAAAGCUAAAACAUCCAUCUAUAUUUUUAGAUGCAUACUUGUGGCUUCUACAUUCUUGACGAAAUUUCAGGGAGGAUAUCCUGGAUUUUUUUUUUUUUUUUCAUGAUGCUCAACUCAGUUUUCUAGGCGGGCUUAUUAUUAUGCACUCUGGGGUUGGUGGGAGUGGCCUGGAGUGUAGCUCCUGGAAGGCAGCAGAGUCCUCACCCCUCCCUUCUCACUUCCUUGUACAAGACUCCUGAGAGACAAGGGAAGCCCUGCCAUGCUCUUAGGAAGACUCACAGUGGCUUUUACCUGCUCUCAGCAGGAAUCCAGGCUGCUCUUUUUUCCUUUUUUUUCUUUUCUUUUCUUUUCUUUUUUUUUUUUU